AUGGAGCAAAUCAUAUAUGCAGCACUGAUAACACACAAGAGGAAAACUGNCUGUACAUUUGACAGCUUUGCAGGGACAAAAUUUUUGAAAAAUGUCACAUACUUUUCGGAGGCAGGGCUUGUUUUGUUAGUUAUCUUGGUGCUGCAUGCCUGCAGUGAAGUAGAUGCCAAGUCCAAAUUUGUCUCUGUGUCACUAGAUGCCAAAUGGGAGUCGACACCACUGAUGCUAGAAACUAGCGAGUUUCUGGCCAAGGAGAGUAAUGCCAUGCUGUGGGCUUUUGUGGAUACUGUGGCAGAGGCCAACACUGCUGACAUGCAAGAUAAAGAACCUAAGGAAGUGUAUGAGAUGAUUCUGUCCAUAGCAGAAAAACUUAUUCCUUCCAAAUUACAACUGGGCCUUCUCAAGUUUUCAUUAUCAUUAAGAUCUUAUUCACCAGCUGCAGAAAUGCAUAAUCAGGUGGAAUACUCUGAAUAUCCUCCUCACUCUGUCCUGGAUUUCCCUGCUGUUGUCCUGGAUUUCCCUUGUGUUAUUCUGGAUUUCCCUGCUGUUGUCCUGGAUUUCCCUAGUGUUGUCCUGGAUUUCCCUGUAUGAUAGCAGAUUUGACCACUACAUUGGUAAAUGAGGACCAUACAUGAAGCUCAGAGGGGAAGAUAAGGAUUGGACCAAGGGGUAAAUGAAGACCUCAAAACAAAAAGAUGGACAUAGCUGUGGCCUCUUUGUUUUACUUAAUGCCCUCAUUCUGUCCAGGGGUACAGACUUGGAAGUUUACCAGUAUCAACUUUGAUACUGCCAACACGAGGAACCAUGUGCAGUUAACUUUUCUUAAAAGUAACUUAUACACUGUAUUAUGUAUUAUAUAUUAUAACUUGCAAAAAAAUGGCAAGUAUAUAUUGGUCUGCUCAUUUCAUUAAUUGAUGGAUUUGGGUUUUAAAAAUCUGUAAAUGGGUAACUGGGCAAGAAUGAAGCCUGUUGAUUUCUUAAAGCUUAUGCCUAUGUUUAAAACAAGUUCAAAGUUUUGAUAUUAACAUGGGCACAGUGUAUUGAAUUUUAAAGUCUGUAUUUAUUAAGUUAUGGCCUAAUGACACCAAAUUGCAGGAAGUGAUACUAGGUUAUGACAUAAUUCUUUCAACUUACCAAGUUUCAUCCAUAAGAUCAUGUUUUUGUCUAUAUAUGAAAAAGAUUUGAAAUUUACAUUGGAGAUCCCAAUUGUAAUUUGCAACAAAUGGGUCAUGGAACAUACCUAGCACAAAGAGAACAAAAAUAAUGGUAGAUAGAAAUGGUGGAAUCCAAGUGGCCAAACAUAAUAUUGUAUAAUAAUUAUAUGCAAGUGUCAAAAUUAUGAGUUCGUUUUGCCUUGGCAGUCGUGUACUUAAGUUUGAAGGUCUCAUGUAAAAAUUGAAAUGUGUGCAUAAGUAGAAUUUCUUGCAUGUUAUUGUACUUGUAUGUGUACACGUUCAUUGUAUUAUAUAUAAACGUAUUAUAUUUAUUAGAAUUUCCUGCAUUUUAUUUCAUAUUUUGAGUUCAUUGAAUUCUGUAUUGUUGUAACUAAUCACCACAACAUUGAUACAUCUGAUCACAAUAAACUGUACAUGUACUGGGACAUGUGUAUACUUGUAUGAAGUGUAUGUGUACUGGUACAUGUGUAUACUUGU